AUGUCGACUCGUCGAGGUGUCGGACUCGGAGCGUUUGCGAAUCGCACGCAAACAAGUCAAUCCUAUGCCAACCAUGGCGCCAACCUUCGCUCUGCGCACCUUGCCUCCCUCCAAACACAACUUUCCGUAUUCCAGUCGUUGCUUCACACAUUUGCACUAGAACAUAGUUCAACGAUCAAGUCGAAUCCGACAUUCCGAGCAGAAUUUGCUCGUAUGUGCAAUGCUAUCGGGGUUGAUCCUCUUGCAGCCAGUAAUGUCAAAGGGAAAAAUGGCCGGAGAGGGGAAAGUGGUAGCUUCUGGACGCAGAUUAUGGGCGGUGACAUGAAUGACUUCUACUUUGAGGUUGCGGUCCGAGUUGUAGAGCUCUGUCGAUCCACGAGAAGUGAGAAUGGAGGCUUGCUAGGUGUUGAAGAGUGUCGGAAACAGGUUGGCAAAGGGAAAGCCAUCGGGAGCGGCUUGGAGGUCACUGAGUACGGCUUCAACCUCUUUCUCAUUCAUUCGGACUGUGUUAACUGUCUUUUGAUGUACAGUGACGACGUUCUCCGCGCUGUGAAAUCACUUGGACCCCUUGGGUCUGGGUUCUCCAUUGUGCAAGUAGGGAGCAAGCAAUACAUCCGCUCUAUCCCCAAGGAGUUGAACACAGAUCAGGCCACAGUCCUCGAGGCAAUCCAGAUACUGGGCUAUGUCAGCGUAUCCAUGUUGCAGUUGAACUUGAACUGGGAAAAGGCCCGCGCACAAACUGUCAUUGAUGACCUUGUAGCAGACGGCCUAGUUUGGGUGGACGCGCAGGGCGAAGAGAAUGAAUACUGGUCGCCCCAGAAUCUCCUUGAUGACAGCGGAUGA